AUGGUCGAGGCGGGUCAGAUUAGGUUAGUGUUGAACCGAAAAUCCAAAGGCGUGAAGAAGAAGAAGAUAAGAAAAGCUUAUCGUCAAAAAGCCUUAAAGUAUCAUCCUAAUAAAAAUCCAGAUAAUCCCAGAGCCACAAAAUUAUUUCGGAAACUUUCGAAGGCAGUAAAAACAUUAACGGACCCCAAUGCCAGAUAUGAAGAUAUAACAGGACUUGCGCUAUCAUCUAAAAAAAAAGAUACUGCCAUAGUCAGAUUUCAAAAUAAAAAUGCAGCAGUAAAAAACGGCACUCUUAGAAAUUGGUUUAGCAAACAAACCGACAUUAACGCUACGUCCUCUAUGGGUAAACAAAUGUUCAUGCUCGUGUUGCGAACGCAGAGCUUGAAAGUUUUGGCUAGGAGAGCAGAAGAACGCCAACAGAGGCUCAUAGAGGAACUGAAGGCACAGGAAGAAGCAUAA